UCGGCAGUCGGCCUCCACGAGUGACGUAGCGCAGAUAGAAUGCAGAACGUAGUGGUGGUCGGAGUUCGGUAAUUGCAGAUUGGGAGGUCCUAGUGCAACGUCGUGUUUAUAUUUCGUUCCAAUCGUUUCCAACGCCGGCAGUUCAAAUCAAAGUCCCGCAACCGAAAGCUCACUUCCAGCGCUCUUCUUUCUUGAAAAGCCCACCAUAAGAAUAACAAGAACAAGAACAGAAGGGUUAUUCAACCCACUACAGGCAGGCGGUGCGAAGGUACAUCGAAGAGACGACCCAGGUGACAGCAUGACUAGCCUGCGGAUCUGCCAGGCCGUAUCGCUGAACCCCGGUGCUCCGGCACCCUCCUCCAGGACCUGCCUCAUGGGCUGCCGGGGUGUGCAGCCCAGCGAGCUGCGUCGUUUCCCAGUGCACGACGCCGAUCGCUGCCACCACUGGCUGCGUCACUUCGGAGUCAGCGACGAGCUGGUAGAUCGACUCGGCGGCCUCCAGAAGCUGCGCAUCUGCCUCAGACACUUCAGCCAGCGCCAGGAGAUGGCCAAGACCCGCAUCAAGAUGACGCCGCUGCGCAAGUCCUCGUCCGCCAAGGCAGCAGCCCUGCCUAGUAAUGGAGGAACCCCCCUAUCUGGAGGCGGGGCAGGGGCAGCGGCAGGAACAGGAGCGGGACAAGGAGCAGGGAGCGGCGUGGUCAAGACGGCGGCGGCCAACACCACCAUUGAACUCGUGGAGAGCCCCGCCAGACACAUGGAGAAGAAUCACCAGGCCAAGAAGGCCAUGACCAGCAUUGUGACCAUGCCGCAGCGCUCCCACUCCAUCAGCUCCUCGGCCUCCAGCGACGUCCAGUCCAUAAACUCAGACUAUGAGGCCUCGCUGCCACUAUCCGCCUUAGAGGAUUCGCAGAAUGGACUCAACCGCUUGGAGAACGGCCAGACCAAGAAGAGGAAGCUGUACCUGAUCACCGAAAAGCCAGAUGAGACCAAGGGCCACGUACCGGAGAUCAAUGGGCAGGCCAAGAAGCGCAAGAUGUUCGUGGUGGUGGAGCAGGACAAAGAGGCAGCGGGCAAGAAGCUGAUGAUCAUGACCGACAAGCCGCAGGCCAAUCUCACCCAGCAUUUGGAGAAGCUGCUGCCGGAGAUACUGAACCGCAUACAGGACAAGGAACAAAAGCAGAUCAAGCCCACUCCAGUGGUGGUGAAAUCCAAGCCGGUGGUCAGCAAUGCCAGGCCACAUAUAACACUGCCGCCCAAGAAGAAUCCGACUAAUUUUGUGAAGCUGACGCCCACGCCAAGUCCAGUGCCUUCGCCCAUCCCCAUGCCACUUCCAAUUCCGAGUGCCAAGACCCUGAAGACCGAGAUCUUGGAGGAGAAAAUGAAUUCCCAGGACAUCGAGACGAACAUAAACCUAUCGCCCGACUUCCGCUUCCUGAUGAAGAUCCUGCCCAAGCUGGAGCAGCUGCCCGAGCCGCACAAGCAGAACGUCAAGCGUUCCAUCCAGAUCUUCGUGGAGAAGAGCUACAGUAUCUACGGCAACAAGAAUUAGUUACCAGUAUUUGAGCACCGAUUUAAUUUCCAUUUCAAGUGAACAAGUUCCCAUUAUUUUCGAAAGAAUCGUACAUAUAAGAAGGCAUUUCAUUACAUUGUCUAAGACUGAAGCAGCAACCAAUAUAUUGUAUAAGUCCCCGCAGAGCUGAAGCAGCUCCCCCUUUAUAGAUGAAUAAGCCAGUCCAAAAUUUGAUAUUACCCCUGGAUUCGGGUACGUUUUGAAGUUUGAAGGAGUUAAGCCAUACAAUUGAAGACUUUUCUAUAUUGAAUAUACGAAAGCUGAUUUAAGCUCAA